AUCACAAGUCAAGACGUAAAUUUGCGGUUAAUUUAAUAUUUGUUUUAAUUUAUUCCGUAAAUUGAUAACCAUGUUUACAAACCACUGAAAGUGUUACGAAAAUUAUGAAUAAUGUUUUUGUUAAUUAUUUAAUCUCGGUUCUUAUAACUGAGUGUUUGGGACAUCGUCAUAGCACCACACGUUAUCUUCGACAUGUAGAAUUUUUAUUAUUCAUAUUAUUUUAUUCACUUCACUAUGUGUCUGAAGUUAGAAGUGACUCUACCUACUAUAGAAAAAUUUCUACUGAUGUAUACUUUACGAGUCGGAUGCAUUAUAAUUCUCGUUUGGACAAUGCUCCGCUCACUGCUCUGCUACCUAUUUUUCGUGGACGCCAUAUUGGAGAUUUUACUGAAACGCAAGGUGGUGCCAAUACUGGUGACCGACCCGAAAGCGAAGAUCAUAGACAAAGACAGCAUCAUGAUUGUCUACUUCAUCUACAUAGGAAUGCUGCUGGCAGAGUCCUUUCUAUUUGUCGCGUCGUGGUACCUUGCAAGAGGACUCUAUUUGUAUAGAUCAGAUUAUUUCGUCCCCUACCUGGUGUGUCGGAUGGCUACGUGGGCAGUCGAAGUAUUACUCUUGGUCGUGCUGUGCAUCAUCCACAAGUUUCUCAUUGGCUGGUACUUAGGAAUACUGUUCUUCGUUAUUCUCGAGUUCUACGCAUUCAUCGUGGUGUACAGUUAUUACUGCGAGCUGUGGGAUUGUGACCACCCUUGUAAGCAGGAAGACGACAGCAGCCAUUUUAAUAUUUGUUCAAGCUCUUAAGGACUCAGCUCAAAAUCCGCGUUAUUAUUUAUCAAGAGGAAGCUUUUAGAAGAGUGUACGUCAUCAUAGAGUCAGAUUUCGGCAACUAC